AUGGAACUUUACGUCUACUGUUUAGUGUGUGUCAUGGUUCUCGGCGUUGUGGUGAUCAACGGGAUCUACUGCGUCAUGUACCUUUCGUAUCCACUACCCGGAGGUCUGGAACCGUGUCCUCCCUUGGCGAAACUCCGGAGAAAAUCCAGGAGCAGACCAAGCCCGAGAACUCGCUCGCCGCUGCGCACAAUCCCUCGCAAAGGCUCUGCUGAGGUUAUGAUCCCCAUGAGUCAAUAUGACGACGACAUCGACACCAGGCUCCAGCCUGUUGUGGAGUCGCCGCCCAUCCGAUUACAACACCAGCAGAGCACGCCGCGGAAGAAGUCGGGUCGCUCCAGUUCCCCUCGAACAUUCACUCCGACGCGAUCGACAUCACCACCGAGGAGCAUCAAUCAAUCAUCGAUUUCCAUAACUCCACCCCUGGCCAGGUCCAACACCCCCACUAGACCUACCUCCUCGAGAAUGAAGUACGGGCAGACAGAAAUCUGA